UUUUAUCUGGUUUGGUUUUUAAGUUUGACCAAGUGUCCAUUCUUAGAAAAAAACUUAAUAAGGAAAUUUCCUGGAAUAAUAAUUAUGCGAGGCACGGUUAUUUGAGUAUUUUUGAAAACACUUUAGAAAAGAAAACUGCAAUUCAAACGCGAGUGAAAUUAAACGAACUUGUUCGAAGUAACUGAUAUUAGUGCUGCAUCGGAAGAAAGUUGUAAAAUGGCCGAAGAAAACACAAAAUAUAAGAAGACCGGUACACUGGGAGGAGCUCGCCACGGUGACUCGUUCCAGGUGCACUUACUGAUGCUGAUGUACCAAGGAGCUGCUCGUGAUGAAAGUUUCAAAAAUUUCCGUUUAGCAACCGAAUGGGAAGAUGCCGAAAAAUUCGACGAUGCGGUUCUGGCAUGGGAAACAGAUGAAGGUAAAACUCAAAAUUAUUUGUUCGUCCAAGCCAAACACAAGCAGUCUUCGGAAAUCAACGAGAAACAUUUUUUCCCGGUGAAGGAAGACGAGAAGGUAAAGGGAGCGUUUUCGAUGUACAAAUAUUUGCAAUCGUUUUAUGACAUUAUGAACAAUAGUAAGUUCAAUGGUGGGAACCUUGAUUUUGUGAUCUACACGAAUGCAAAACUAAAUAGUAGUUCAAAGUGGUUCACCAAAGCUGGUAUCCAAACUACAAGUGCUCUGAAUUUGCUAGGAGGCAGCGAAGAGUUUUUCAAGGUACAAAAUACCGAUGAACGCAUAAUGACUUUAUUAGAUUUUAGCAACAAAGAUUUCCACGAUUUAGUAGAAGAGAUAGAAAAUGUCUUUAGAGAUAGUAAUGAAAACAUUAAAACCGAUUUAAUUAAAAAGUACAGCGUUGAAUUAGGUAAUCAAGUUCUUUUUGUUGAAAAUGGUAAGGUUCAGUUAACUUCAAGAUUUACAAAAAAAGAAAAUUUGAACCCCGCAGAAAUGAAACUAUAUGAGGUUUUAUCGAGUGGAGACAAAAUGCAAACUAUGAUGAGUACAAAUAAGCAACUGAUUGAUGCGCUAACUUCUAAAAAACAAUCAAAGAGUAGAUUUCGAUAUUUUGAACAAAAAUAUGUUGAGAAGUUUCUUGAAAAAUGUAUCAUUGCCACUAGUCAGCCAAACAAUGAAGAUCUUGAAAGUAAAAUUAUUGAAAAUUUCAAGGGGAUGCAGGGCUCUGUCUCAGAUGAUUUGUACGCCAAAAUGAUGUUUGUAGAUCUGCGCAAAAUUAUUUACAGUUGGUUGGACUGCAAGGAAAAUGAUUUUUGUGAUUUUCUAAAGAUAACUAAAUUUACAGAACUUUCAGCGAAAGUCCUUUGUACCAUUGCUGAUUUGAAGCUGGAGAAUCCGACAAACUUUUUUAAAUACGAGAUGGAAAACUUUCGCAUCAAAUUUGCAAGUUGCAGUCCUCUAGGAAAUUUGAUUGACUCUAAUUUUCCUAUGGUUGUAUAUAAAAGUACCGAACAAGGGUUUCUAACCUGUCUUAAAAUGUAUCAGAUUUUUCAAGACCAUAAACUCAACUAUCACUAUUUGAAACUAACAGACUUGCGUCAAUUUGAGAAAGAAAUAAAUAGUUUCAAGAACUCGGGAUCGGAUGUUCUACUGGAUGAUAAUUGUCCAGAAUCUAAGAUUUCAUAUAAGUUUUUCCAAUCCGAUUCGAUAAGCAAUAAAAUCAAACUUAUUUUCUUAACCACCACUGAGGAUCGCACCAAAAAUUUCUUCAGAAAUCAACCUUUUUAUGCGAUUGAAGAUUCAAAAGAUAACAUGAAACUGUUGAGCAAAGAUAGUCAAGAGAAACUUUCACAGAAAUCAGUGUUAUUUCAAGGUGUUGAACUUACUUUGCAUGAACUACUUCCGACUAAAAAUCUUCCUGCUCUCAUAAGUGACGAAAUAGCAGAAAAGUUGAUACAACAAAAACGUAUUAAAAUUGGAACUGCUUUACCUGAAUUGCAACUUAAUUGUAAUAUCGCACAAACUGUUAGUGAUUCGGUGCCUGAUUCCGAUUCUGAUUCCGAUUCUGAUUCUGAUUCUGAUUCUGAUUCGACGACUUCAGAAGCUAAUGAAAGCUAUAGCGAAGAGGAAUUUCUCAAUCAUUCUUUCCAAUUUAACACGAUUCUGCUGUCCUCAUUACCAGGUAUGGGGAAAACUACUCUUUGGAUGAAAUUAGCUCAAGAUGCAAAGAAGUUGCACCCUACUAAGUGGAUCCUGUUCAUUCGAUUGUCAGAUUGUGCGAAAAAACUAGAAGACCCAAACGAACUAACGAAUUUAGAAGACGCAAUUAAUCUUCUCUGUGAAAUUCUGACGAUAGAAUCUGACUUUGAACGGAAACUAUUUUCGAAAUGGCUCCAGGAAACAGAGCAUAAAAUUAUCAUCUUUUUCGAUGGUUACGACGAACUACCUAUGAAAGUAAUGGGGAAAGCUAUUUCAUUAUUUCGUAUGCUUAAAAAAGCGCAGAUUUUUAUCAGUACACGAUCCCACCAACAGGAAGUUUUGGAAAAGGCCAUGGAGGUGGAGACAUUUGACUUGCAACCGAUUAGCCAAAGUGACCAAAUAGUCCUUUUGAAAUACUUUCUCGAUGUUUCGGAUAAUCUAGAUCCGACAAGUGCAUUCGUAGAGAAACUGAUCAAGAGCAGACCGAUGAGGGCCCUUACAAAAACUGCUGGCACUCCUUUAAUUAUCAACAUGCUAGCCGAAAUCUAUAAACCAUAUGUGAAUGAACUACGCAAACCAAAUGAAAACAAAUCUUCGCAAUCCCUUGAUCCAGAAAACUUGGAUUUUGUGGAACUAUUCGAAAAUUUUACAUACCAUUCAUUCAAACGGCAGCAUAAAGUGAAACGUAAAUUGGACGAUGAUUUGUUGGAUAAAAAGCAUCUUUUAUAUGUAGGCUACGUCAAGCUCCAUAACUACCUCGGUCUCAUGAGUUUAAUUGGGAAAGAAGCGAUGCAUUUGAUUGAAAAUGACGAGCGAGAACGCACAUCACUGGAGAAACAAGCAAAUCGGGUAGACUCUCUAAUUAUGCCAAAAUACUCAAAUGGAAUUCCGCACUUCAUCCAUGCCACGAUAGCUGAAUUCUUCGCUGCAAAGUGUUUGGGUGAGAGUCUGCAUCGUAUGAGCUUCGAAACUAUGAAACAGAAUUUCUACAGAAACGAUAAAUACUUUGAAAUUGACGACUUUGAAUACGAAGAUCAGCAAAUAGCAGAUAUUUAUGAUUUGUACUUAAUUAUGUUAAGGCACUACCCCUUCGUUCGGAAAAUCUUGUUUUCAUAUGCAAGAUCAAAUGAGCAGCUUCUGGAUAAAUUAUUGCAAAUGUUUUCGUUGGUGUGUCCUUAUCCGUUUGAGUGGUUUAAAGAACUGAUUUGUACAAUGUCAAACUGCGAUGAAUAUUGCUGCAAAAUGAGGGAAUACAUUCAAUGCAACUUUCACCCAUGUUCAGAUAACUUCAAGGCAAAAGACCCUAACGACCUGCAAUUACAUGCUGCCGUUCGAAGUGGUAAUUACGAAUACGUUAAUUUGUUGUUGAACCAAAAUGCAUUAAUAAAUUCUACAAAUGCAAACGGUGAAACUGCACUGGAUAUAGCUUUGAAACAUGGUGACGCCAAAAUUGUCAAGCUUCUUCUGGACAAAUCAGCCACCAUAGGAACGUUUUCAAUGUCUGAAAUACUUCAGCGGUCUAAUGAAUGCGCCCAACUGUUUUUAGACCGAGGAAACCCUGAAAAUAUCCAGAAAGCUAUUGGUAAUGAUUGGCUUUCGUGCGUGAGUGAAUAUUUUUAUAAUAUAGCAUUGAAAAAUUUAGCACUAGCCAAAGGAUUUUUUUCAAAUGCCGUUAUUUUUCAUAAUACUAAUAGAAGCGAAUCGUUGAAGUUUUUGAUAAAUGAAAAUGAAGAUUCUACACGUGAAAUAAUCAAACGAUUGCUACAAAAUAUGAGAGUCUUGCUCGAGGGAGAAACUACAGUCGAUUGCAGCUAUUUUGACAUUGCCAUUUUAUUAGGAAAUCCAGCAACAAAGGAAUGUAUAGAGCUGCUACUAGAAUACUUCGGCGAUCCAGAAACAAUCACACGUUUAACUCCUUUACAUUCGGCUGCAUUCUUUAACAACCCCGAGUGUGUGGACAUGCUUAUUCAAAGAGGUUUUCCAGUAAUGUCAAAGGAUAAAGAUGAUAGAAUCCCUCUUCACAUCGCCACUGAAAAUAACGCUAAGAAGGUUGUCGAAAUAUUGCUAAAACAUGAACAAGCAACAGAAAUGUUGCUCACUUCGGAUGAAAAUGAACAAACUGCUUUACAUUUGGCCGCAUUCUCUGAUAAUUACGAGAUUGUGAACAUUCUUAUUGAUCGCGGUUUAUCGGUAAUGGCAAAGGAUAGAUUUGGUAGAAUCCCUCUUCAUAUCGCCAUUGAAGAGAAAGCUACGAAGGUUGUCGAAAUAUUGCUAAACCAUAAACAAGCAACAGAAAUGUUGCUCACUUCGGAUAAUGAUGGACAAACUGCUUUACAUUUGGCCGCAAUCUCUAAUUAUUACGAGCUCGUGAACGUUCUUAUUGAUCGCGGUUUAUCGGUAAUGGCAAAGGAUGAAGAUGGUACAAUCCCUCUUCAUAUCGCCAUUGGAAAGAAAGCUAAGAAUGUUGUCGAAAUUUUGCUAAAACAUGAACAAGCAACAGAAAUGUUGCUCACUUCGGAUAAAUAUGAACAAACUGCUUUACAUUUUGCCGCAAUCUCUGAUAAUUACGAGAUUGUGAACAUUCUUAUUGAACACGGUGCAUCGGUAAUGGCAAAGAAUACAAAUGGUAAAAUCCCUCUUUAUAUCGCCAUUGAAAAGAACGCUAAGAAGGUUAUCGGAUAUAAAUAA